UCUCCGCUCCAUUCCGUUCACAGGACGAAGCAGCAGCAAUGGAGGUCGAAGCCGCCGGCGGUGGCGACGAUAUGACCAAGUACUUGGUGAGCAACGGCUCCGUCGACAUCAGAGGAAGGCCAGCCGACAAGCGGAAGACAGGAGGGUGGAAAGCUUCUCCAUUCAUCAUAGUGAACGAGGUGGCGGAGAGGAUGGCCUUCUAUGCCAUAGCGGUGAACAUGGUGACGUACUUGGUGAGGGAGAUGCACCAGUCGCUGCCGGACGCCGCCACCCACACCACCGACUGGAUUGGGGCGGCCUUUGUCCUCACCAUACUCGGCGCAUUCCUUGCCGACGCCUACCUUGGCCGGUUCCUGACCAUUGUCAUCUUUUCAUGCAUCUAUGCAGUGGUUUUUGGACAAGGCAGCGGUUGUCACUGACACCAAAGACAUUGGCACCAACAGAUGGAGGCUUUGCACCGUCACUCAAGUAGAGGAGUUCAAAUGCUUCGUAAGAGUCCUCCCUGUAUGGGCCUCCACCAUAGCCCUCUCCAUCUCCUUCGCCCAGCUUUCCACCUUCUUCAUCAGCCAGGCCACCAUCAUGGACCGAAAGCUCGGUUCCCACUUCGAGAUCCCUACAGGCUCGGUCUCCGUCUUCGGUGCCAUUAACGCCCUCCUCCUGGUCCCCAUCUACGAGGGCUUUGUUGUCCCCUUCCUCCGCCGCUUCACCGGCCAUCGCCGUGGCAUCACCUCCCUCCAACGCAUGGGAGUCGGCCUUUUCAUAUCGAUCUUUGCCUUCAUCUCCGCUGCUGUGAUCGAGAAGAAGCGACGAGACCAUGCCGACCCUACGAGCAUGAGUGUGUUCUGGCUACUACCUCAGUACUUCCUCAUGGGCAGCGCUGAAGUGUUCACAUAUGUAGGCCAACUGGAGUUCUUCUACGACGAGGCCACCGAUGGGACUCGAAGUCUUAGCAGUGCUAUGUUCCUCAGUGAGAUCGGCAUUGGGAGCUGGUUGAGCACUGCUUUCGUGAAGAUUGUUGAGAGAACUACGGGAGGAGUAGAGAAGGGGUGGCUUAGAAACAAUCUCAACCAGAGCCGGCUGGACUACUUCUACUGGGUGUUGUGUGGUAUCAAUGUGGUCAACUUCUUUGGGUAUCUGGUGGUUGCUAGGCUUUACAGGGGAAAGGAUGAGUCCUAUGGGACCGUGAUGGAUGCAGUGGUCAUAAAGGAUGAGGCCGAUGAGAAAUCUAAAGUGGAACCAUGAUCUCCAUUGACAUAAUGUUUUGGAUUCAGGUUGAUCAUUUGGCAUCAUGUAUAAUAUUCCCCGAGACGUGAAGACUCGUAGUAGUUUAAACCAUAUUUUGUUUUGUAUACAUCUGACUGCGAUGCAGUUCAUUGCGUUUUAUCCUUGGCUUAGUUUAUAUAAUGUAUUAGGUCAUGGUACUAGAAUUUUAGGCUAUGAGGCUAGAAGAAAGCUACAUUGGAUGGUGGGAGGAUAAUUAGUACUGACAUAUAUUUGCUUGCGGGAAUGACAUUAUUUACU